GAAAUUAGUUAAAACCCCCAAGAGCCGCGUGGUCUCCAAUCUCGUGCGUGCAUUCGCCCCACCUUCCGCUUCCCUCUAUUUGUCUACUACUUUUCUCGCCAUUUCUCAUUGCUUCCCUUCCACACCACCACCCCUCCUCUUCUUCCGCUUCCUCUUUUUCCUCACACCAUGUUCCGUUUCGGUCUCCGCCGUUUUGCAACGGCUGCUGAAGCUGCUAGCCCCUAUGGAAUCAAAGUUUCAAAAGCCCAAGGCAGUGUGAAUGGAUUUGUUGGAGCUAUCGGAAACACACCUUUAAUACGGCUCGGCAGACUCAGUGAGGAAACUGGUUGUGAUAUUUAUGGAAAGGCAGAGUUCAUGAACCCAGGUGGCUCAGUAAAAGAUAGAGCAGCACUGUACGUCGUUAAGGAUGCCGAGGAGAAGGGCCUUAUCAAGCCAGGCGGAACCAUUGUAGAAGGAACUGCAGGGAACACGGGGAUUGGCCUCGCGCAUGUUUGCCGGUCGAAAGGGUAUAAAUGCGUAAUAUAUAUGCCCAACACCCAGUCACGAGGGAAGAUAGACCUUCUCCGAUUACUGGGCGCUGAGGUAUUCCCUGUACCAGCCGUAGCUUUUGAGAACCCUGAGAACUAUAAUCACCAGGCCAAACGCCACGCUGAAAAAACCGAGAACUCAGUUUGGACAAACCAGUUCGAUAAUGUUGCGAACCGUCGUGCCCAUAUUGAAACAACAGGUCCGGAGAUCUGGGCCCAGCUCGGCGGCAAACUCGAUGGCUUCACCUGCGCAACUGGUACUGGCGGAACACUUGCAGGCGUUACGCGCUACCUCAAAGAAGUUUCUGACGGCCGCACUGAAUGUUGGCUUGCCGACCCUCCGGGCUCAGUCCUCUUCUCCUACAUCACUUCCGGUGGAAAACUCAACGAACGCACUGGGGGGUCUAUCACUGAAGGGAUUGGCCAAGGGCGCGUAACAGACAACCUCAAACCCGAGAUCAAACUUAUCAAUAACGCAUUACAUAUCUCAGACGAAAAGUCCAUCGCAAUGGUCUACAGACUCCUCGAUGAGGAAGGAUUAUACAUGGGUGCUAGCAGUGCCUUAAAUGUUGUAGCAGCUUACGAGCUUGCAAAGAAGCUAGGCCCUGGCAAAAGUGUAGCCACUAUACUAUGCGAUGGUGCCUAUAGAUACGCUGAUAGGCUCUUCAGCAAGAAAUGGUUAGAUUCCAAGGGCCUGUACGAAGCGAUCCCAGAGCACCUAAGGAAGUACAUUGUGUUGGAAUAGGGCCGUACAGUAGAUAGAAUAACAGCGUCUACCAAUGGUGGAUACACUGGGUAGAUAGAGGUUUGUAGAUAGUAUAUUUGAGGGUGGUAGCGUUUGUCCCAACAGCGCCCAACGAAUACAUUUGAAUUCUCAUUC